AUGCGAGCACAACCCCCAUUAAUUGGCCAAUUCCAACAGCAGCACCAUCAUCUGCCAAUACCCAUCCCACAGAUCCCCACUCUUGUAAGCAAGCGGGUCUCACACCUGCUGCGACGGUUUCUGGAGAGCACAGGGAGCACAGAGCAGCAGCUGUUGGAUGCAUCCAUAGGAUCGGAAGGUUCAGAUAGGAUUGAGGAGAAGGAGAAGGAUAAGGGGGAUAGGAAGGAGGAGGAUACGGAGGGGGGUAAGGGGGAUGAGAGGAAGGAGGAUAAGGAGGACAGGGAAUGGGGACAAGGAGAGGGGCAGGUAUGGCAGGGGAGAGCAGAGGCGGAUUCGCCGUUUUCGAACCUAGAGUUGCUGCUGCCGUCAGCAAGAGCAGCGGGCAUUUACUUUGUACGCCGACCAGAGGGGGGGGAGGAGGUGGGGGAAGGAGGAGCAGAAGAGGGGGAGGACGCGGAGCAGCAUAAAGAGGAGGAGAGGGAGGAUGACGAGGCGUGGUGGCCAGAGUUGCAGCAUGAGGCAGUUGCCAUGGCCGACCACACAUUGCAACAGCACAACGGUCACCAAAACCUUCACCAGGACGACCUUCACCAGGACGACCUUCACCAGGACGACCUUCACCAGAACGACCUUCACCAGAAGCAUCACCCGCCCGCCUUGCCUCUCUCGCACCCUCCCCAGUCCCGUUCUCCUCGGCGCCGCCUGAGCUUGCUCAAGAAAGUGUCGUCCGAGGAUGACGUGGCACCCCCCUCGCGGCGCCGCCAGCUCAUCAUGAGCUGGCUGAAGGACGCAUCUUCUGAGGACGACAAUCCCGAGGCAACCCCCUCGCGGCGCCGCCAGCUCAUCAUGAACUGGUUAAAGGACGCGUGGGUGCGCAGCGUGGCGUUCCGCCUGAACGGCGACCCCCGGGAGGACCGCUUCCUGGUGGGCAGUCAGGAAGACCAGGGCUACCAGUGGCAGUGGACGGACGGAACUGUGGGGAGCAGCUGGCGCAGCCCCUUUGUGAAGAACUUGACACUGGAUAUGGAUGCUCUAGCCUCGUGUGCCAAGGUCCUCCCACCGGAAGUCUUCGACCAGCCCACGCCCAUCCUCACCCCCAUGCCUGUCACGGGCGACCACCUCACAGCGCUCUCCUCGCCGCUCUUCGACCCACAGCCCCUCCCUGCAUACGCUAACGAGGCACCCGGCACUUCAGCAUCGAGCACAGUACGACAGCUUGAGGAGUAUGGCGCUGAAGGCACUAAUGCGGACCAGGGAGGUGGAGCUGCAGUGUCUUCUGCUGCUAGCGAGUCAGCUUAUAGCGAGGAUGGUGGGGAGAACGAGCAGGUGGGCGGUGCGAGGGUGGAUAAAGGCACGGGACUGCGGCUGCAAUUCGAUGUGGCCAUUCAGAUCCGCACAGCCACCAACCCACCAACCAUGCGUCGCCACACACUCCCCCGCGUGUUGCUUCUCGCGCUCUGCCUCUCCUCCUUCACCGCCGCGAUCUCCGCGCAAUGGAUCAAAGGCUUCGUCGCGUCCUACUACGCGCUCCAGAACCGACCAAACGGCGCGUGCGGCUACCCCCAAUUACACCACAACACCGCUUCCAUGUCCACCGUGGGCUACGCUAACGGCAGCAACUGCGGCGCGUGUUUCCAGAUGCGGUGCACCGGCCACCCGUCGUGCAAAUCGGGAAUUAUGACGGUGCCCGUUACUGUCACGAAUAUCUGCCCGCCGGAUGCGCCCGGCGGGUACUGCGCGAAGAAUAAGCGAAGCAUCACGCUGCCCAAUCCUGUGUGGAAUCAGAUGUCGAAGGAUCCAUCGGCCGGGGUGGUUCCCGUGGAGAUUAAGCGCGUCAGGUGCCGGCGCGUCGGUGGCGUCGCAUUCAACAUCACCGGGAAGGAAUACUACGUGACAGCCAUGCCUCUCAACGUGGCUGGAUCUGGCGCCGUGAAGCGCGUCGACAUCUCGAUCGCGCGCGGCCCGUGGAUGACGAUGCGCAAGAGCUACGGCGCCGUGUGGGACAUGCCCGGCCUGCCCGUGGUCGGCAUGUCGCUCUCCUUCCGCCUCUGGCCCGCCCAAGGGCCUCUCCCGCUCGAGGCGUGGGACGCUGUCCCCGCGAAUUGGGUUAGCAAUAAGAUCUAUCGUACGGCGAAAUUCUGUGAAACGGCCCUAUUUGCACGGGCAAUGGCGGCGCUGGCCGUCCUCGUGGCGCUUCUCUCUCUCAUCUCUCCGUCGCAAUCGGCGCCGUGCCUCCUCCCACGAGUGGUGAUCAACGUAACACGCGAGUCCGACCUCUACCUUCGGAAAAAUUACCCCAUCAAUCAGCAUGUGACGAUGGUGCUGCAGGCGAGCAUACGGCUAACGGACACGUUUGUGAUGGACAGCAAGUUCAGCUGCACUGUCUUCCGCUCCGACAAAGACCGCGCCUACGACCUCAUCUCACCCUCUGUCAACACCAUGGUAACGAAAAUCGUCAACACCAACAACGUAUUGGUGAUCGGGGUGAAUUUCAAGAUGCCCGUUUCGACUGUCGGGCAGCUGGACUGUAACUAUCUCGAGGCGCGCUUUCGCGACUACAUUGGCAAAUACGCCUGCCCCGCUGUGUGGCUGUACCGAGUGUGGGGUGUACAAGUGGUGCAGGGUAAUGUGUACGGGCGAGUGGAGGUAGCGAGAGCAAAUCGCUCGCGGAUCGACUCAAUGGAUGUGCUCGUGAAGGCGACAAACCAACCUGGCGCCAUUGUGGUUAUGCUGUCGGGGGACGGGCCCAACCUCAUUCGCAGUGAGGUGGUUAUUUCUAACAACAACAUUCGGACAGAAGGCACCAUGGGUCAGGGAGCCACUGUGGGAAUCAUGCUGUUCCGGGGAGCAGUGGGCGUGAACAUCGUUGGCAACCGCAUAUCACACUUCACCCUCAACGGCAUCCAGAUGGGAUGGGGGCAGAGCAACGUAGGAGACGCCAUGCUCACCCUCGUGGCCCAAAACGACUUUGUUCACGGCUUCGGGCAGCUCGGGGAUAGUGCGGGUAUUUACUUCAACACGCACUGGGUUAACCCCGGAAAUGUCCUCCGGUGCAACUACGUGCGGGGCGGCGGGCACUGCUUGUAUUUUGACUGGGUAUCGUCUGGAGUGAUCGUGGAUGGGCUCGUGUGUGAGAACACUGCAGAUGGGCUGAAACUCAACACGGGCAAGAAUAACGAGAUUCGCGGAAUGGUGGUUAUAGACAGCAAGCAGCCUCUAGCAGGGUACAUCUCGUGCCAGAACUACGGAGUGAACAACUGCAAUAAGCCCAACGGCAUCAGGUGGAAUAACGACCUCCUCACUUAUUACCAGACGCCAGGAAUAAAGAAGCUCUUCCCCUUCCUCACCAACUUCUGCAACAAAAGUGCCAUUAACGGAGUCAACUGUAACGAAGGCACAUCUACCACUCCGGGGCCUAACGUCACGGGCAGAUGUUCCGGGCUGCCCACCGAAAACAUUGCCGAGAUCGUAACAGCCACUACUGAUAAUUCCACCCGCCUUGUUAUCCACCACUCCAACUGCAAUCCUUUCACCGCCAUGCCAAAAUUAAACAAGCUGACCUACCUGCCCGUGAAACUUAGUGCCGCAGGGUUCAGGAGUGUGCAGAACCGAGACUAUGGCCUUCUUGACAGCUCGCAAAUUCGGGCAAAGCUCCCAACUUUCCGGAGCUGCCCGGCGGAGGACAUUGGCCCGAAAACUGUGCCCUAUACAGAAUACUUCAACCUUUUCAAUCGUGACGCUCCAUUAAUGAUGCCGAUUGCUGCACGGCCCGCAUCAGCCGGAAAGAACGGGAGCGCAUCGAGCAACGUGGGGUAUGGUGGAGGGAAGGUGUCGGGAAAUGUGACGCUACAGCCGAACCCAUAUGCUACAUCCAAGUGGAGCCCUCAGUUGGAGCGAGAGCUGCGGCCGGGAUUCAUGAUGACGAUGCGGGAGUGGAUGAGGUUCAACGCACGGCACCCCGGCCGUCAAUCACCUCCCUUGCAGAGGUUCAAUGCAAGGCACCCUGGUGGUCGCCAACCACCCCCCCUGCAGAAGGCAUGA